UAAAGCGUGGGCCAUCGUUAAACGGACAGCAGCAGCCGGUAAUGUACAAAACAGAGAAAACAUCCGUAGACAGAAAACGCCCACCGCCCGUUAAGGUCCUCUCGGGUCAGCUGAGGACGGCAGAGAGCCGGGGCGCAGCUGACAGCGGGGAGGGAUGUGUCAUCAGGCUGGGCAAGGGUCGAUCCCUGCCGGUGUCAAUGGUGUGGAUGCAGGGGACUAUCCUGGAGGUCCAGUCAGACCGGAACACCGUGCUGCUGAUGGAUGAGACGGGGACCUUUGCUGUCCAGGGGGUUAACAACAUCCCCAAAGGAAAACCAUGUCUGUCUCAAGGCAAAUAUGUCAUGGUGAUGGGUGUCAUCCAGGCCAUCUCCCCGGAGCCAGUCAUCCGUGCAGUGAAAAUGGCAGACCUCUCAGAGCUCGCCGCACUUCACAGACGGAUGUGGAAACUGGAGGUGGAGGACCUGCAGCAGGUGCUGGCCUGAAUACAGAGCUGUUGGUGAAAAUGCUGCCUCGCUUGUGGCAGGAUGACCCGCUACUGUCACACAUGUUCAGCUGGGUAUGCAGUUUUCAUGACAACCGACAACUACCUCACAGGACUGAAGAGCAGAUUGUCUUGAAUGUCAAGCCUGCUAACAAGGAGUUAGGAUGCAAGAGCGAUGAAGACUUUGUAAAUACUUCUACUGUAAAAUGUGAACCGGAACAUUCAGACUUUUCUAUUGACCCCUACUCCAAAUAGUCCUUCAUAGAGCAGUCCUGGACAUACAAUUUGUUCAUUUGAAGAUCUCUCCAAACACCUUUUUAGUUUAUAGCCAUCUACAAUAUCUACUAGUAGGGCAUGUGGAGA